CGUAUUGCGUAGUGGGGGGGCCGUCAGUCGGCUUCGAGACUUGGGCCGGUGCGCAUCGUGUCUUGUUUACUGCGCAUCCCGUCCCAUCGUGCACCAUAUUCAUUCUACCUAUACGCAUUUAUACGUAGCCUCGUGCGCGCAUAUGUCUCCCUGGUCUUGUUACGUGCACCUCAAACACCGUUGUUUCUCCGCGUUCGUGGUCGCGUGUGACGUGCCGACCGAGUGAAAGUGGAACGAAGCCAUCGGCUAAGGAACUUUUCAAAAAGCAUUCGUAUCCGUAUAUUCAUCACGGGACUUCCCCACAGCGCUAUCUGGUUGGGUUCGUGUUGAGUGCGUGUAAGAAACGUCAAGAGACACAACACUGAGCCACGACGAGUCGCGUGUUAUUCACCGCGUAUCGAGCUCGAUACGCGAAAAGGAGACACGGCAUCUCAAGUACAACGCUUUUUUCACGUCAAAUUUAUCAGUCAGAUAGUCGCCCAGUGAAACCAUAUGCUCGUGGGUGUCGCGUACGGGCACAACACCUAGUGGAAACUUCCACGUAUCGACGAAGGGGAACACCGUAGCGUGUCAUAGUUGUCGAGCCAUAGCGAGUAUUUAAAAAUAAAUACCAACGCGAAGCAGUUUACCAUUUGUGGCCAGUGUUGAAGUACGGUGUACCACGAAAACAUCGGGGGACUCCUUUGGAACACGUGGCAGCGGUGACUACGUCUAGCGCCCCGUUUUACACGCCGUUUGAUCCCGAACCGAGGACGGGCUACCCCGUGGACGGAUAUCGCGAAGGUGGCCAAGGCCGAGGCUUGCUCUCCGUACAAGGUAUACGCAUCCUAGAGUCGUAAACAGCACUGGUAAAACGGUGCCCGAAAAAGACGGUAAUCCAGGGCGAGUAAACGCGCUCGACUCACGGGCUGGAAGUGAAAAUUCCAGGGUUGAAAAAAGGAAAGAAAGAAAAAAAAAACAAAUAACACAGAACGAAGAUUUUUCAGCGGAGAGAGGGAUAGAGAAAAAUCACGUCGGUGAUUUGUAAAUCCAAAGGAUCCCCAGCCGUAAGAAAAUCGCAUUCCAUCUGGCGGGCUGUUAAGCAAAGGGAAAGAAAAGCUUUCCGUGGCGAGGAAGAAGAAGAAGCGAGCCGUGGCGAAGCGGAUCAUGCGACGGUCGCUCGGUUAACGCGUUCCUGAUCGUCGACGUGCCGCCUCGUGCUGCUGCUGCUCGCGUUAUGCAGUGACGCUGCGUGAGAGGUGUUCGCCGAGGUUUGCGUGUGUGGCGUGAGUGCGUGGUCAGAAGAGUAUGUUGAAUAGUGGUGGCUCGUCUACGAGCACCAUGAAGAACCCUGAGCACGAGAGCGGUUACUUCGAGGACGGUAGCGACGUUGAGACCAACGUCGAGGAGGCGAACGUCAUCACCGGGGAGAGGAAGUACGUGUCGACCUGUUACGGGUUGACCAAGGCCAUCCACGAGUUAGACGUCAGGGACUCCAGCGAGCCGGUUCCCGACCACUACGAGGACAGAUUGAACAGAGUAAACCUGGCAGACAGCGGAGGCCAGAGGGUAGACAUGACGCACUUCGACUUGCUGAAGGUCCUUGGAACUGGAGCUUACGGAAAGGUGUUCCUGGUGCGAAAGAGAACAGGCACCGACGCAGGACGCCUUUACGCCAUGAAAGUUCUGAAGAAAGCGUCGAUCGUGCAAAAGAAGAAGACGACCGAGCACACGAAGACGGAGAGACAAGUUCUGGAGGCCGUACGGGACAGUCCUUUUUUAGUUACGCUACAUUACGCCUUUCAGACGGACGCGAAGCUCCAUCUGAUUUUAGAUUAUGUCAGCGGCGGGGAGUUGUUUACGCAUUUGUAUCAACGGGAACACUUCACCGAGGACGAAGCACGAAUCUAUAUCGGCGAAGUUAUUUUGGCGCUAGAGCAUCUACACAAACUGGGUAUAAUUUACAGGGACAUUAAGCUAGAGAACAUUCUAUUGGACAGAGAAGGGCAUAUCGUGUUAACAGAUUUCGGGCUGAGCAAAGAGUUCCUGCCGCACGAAAGGGACAACAACGCCCGUGCUUACUCCUUUUGCGGAACUAUCGAGUACAUGGCACCGGAAGUGGUACGAGGGGGCUCAGCGGGACACGAUAUUGCUGUCGACUGGUGGAGCGUGGGCGUGCUCACGUACGAGUUGCUAACCGGCGCGUCGCCUUUUACGAUCGAGGGCGAGAAGAACACGCAGCAGGACAUCUCGCGUCGAAUCCUGAAGACAGAUCCACCGAUACCUAGUCAUCUCAGCCCAACGGUUCGAGACUUCAUCCUGCGUCUGCUGGUGAAGGAUCCGCGGCAACGAUUAGGCGGAGGGCUAGACGACGCGAAGGAACUGAAGGAACAUUCGUUCUUCAAGAAAGCACCCUCACCGUUCAGCUGGGAGGCCCUAGAGAGACGAGAAAUCCCUCCUCCAUUUGUACCUCGAAUCACACACGAGCUGGAUACCAGCAAUUUCUCUGACGAAUUCACGAAAAUGAUCGCAGCUGACAGUCCAGCGGUAGUACCGCCUAAUUACGACAAGAUCUUCAGAGGAUACUCCUACGUGGCGCCCUCUAUCCUAUUUGGAGACAACGUAGUCAGCAAGGACAUCUUUAAAGAAGCAACGAAAGCCAGCACAGAGUCUCAAAGACCUUCUGCUUCUGACGUUCUAGCAGCCAAAUUCGAAGAAUCCUCCUUCUUUCAGACUUACGAGCUGGAUCCACGCGAAGAAGCCUUAGGUGACGGCAGCUUCUCAGUGUGUCGCAAGUGUAGACACAGGAAAAAGUUGCAGGAGUAUGCAGUGAAGAUUGUCAGUCGCAGGAUCGAUUGUGGGAGAGAAGCUAGCCUGUUGAGAACCUGCCAGGGUCAUCCAAAUGUAGUGAAACUCGUUGAGGUGCAUCAGGACAGGGCUCAUACAUACUUGGUAAUGGAACUACUGUCUGGAGGAGAAUUGCUGAGGAGGCCAAGGCCCUUCAGUGAACAACAGGCUAGCAGAAUAAUGCGGCAACUCGCGUCUGCGGUGCGUUUCAUGCACUCCAGAGGUGUGGUUCACAGAGAUCUAAAGCCAGAGAACAUAGUAUUCGCCAACAUGGGAGAGGAUUCGCCUGUGAAGAUCGUGGACUUCGGUUUCGCCAGGAUAAAGCGAGGCUGUGAGCCUCUACACACUCCAUGUUUCACUCUUCCAUACGCUGCUCCAGAAGUAGUCGCUAGGCAAGGUUAUGACCAGAGCUGCGACCUUUGGAGCCUGGGCGCCAUCUUGUACUCCAUGUUAUCGGGGAAGCCUCCAUUUAGAACAGGUUCCCCGGACCUAGCCACCAGAAUCAGGGCAGGGGAGAUCGAUUUCGACGGAGAAUCCUGGAACCACGUGUCCAGCCUCGCCAAGGAAGUUGCAAAAGGUUUGUUAACUGUGGACCCAAGCAAAAGACUGACAGCCAGUGGCCUGGCGAAUCACCCGUGGCUAGCGGAGUCCAGUUCGUUCGACGUGGCCUCCCCCUUUGACGUAGUUGUGUUAGACACCUCGAGUUCUCUGUUAGAGAAACCAGAAGGCUUCCGGUUGCGAGAAGUAGACGGAGCCAGGUUGGCGCAGCGCAGGAAGCUACAUAAGCGUUCCACCUCUAGUUCUGUCUCCUCUUCCGCUUCCACCACCUCCUCCAGCCCUUCCAUACAGCUCCUCAGACCACCCAGUGCAGCUACUAACCUCGUCACAUCUGCAUCACCUGCUCAGCCAAGUGCAUUCGACUUUGGCGAAGACAAAGUGAACGAAUACCUCAGUUCUCUGUCCUCCUCGUCUGACUCGAAUUCUCCAAGGAUCAUGCAACAAGAACCAUCUAAGAAAAGGCGCAGGAGGGACGAGGAUGAAGAGGCAAAGUCGAAGAGGCACAAAAGGCACAUGGAAAAUAACGAGGCUUAUAAGAAUAGAACUGGUCCAGUGACCAGGUCCAGGAAGAAGAAGCUGGAGGAGCAAACUGUGAAUGGAGAUGAUGUGACGGUAACACAAUCCUGCGAGAUGAACCACGAGGACUUCAGGGAGAUCCACCGAAAACAGAAGACAGGGAAACGGCCCAAAAGGCUGGCCACUAUCAUCCUGGAGUAGACCAGCUCGCGCACUAUGCCCUAUACGUGUCUCUCCUAUGUAUAUUUAUAUGCAUUUCACGUGAUGUUGUAACGUUGGCUGCCUUCGAGAUCUCGAAUCAAUUGUUCGAGCGACACAUUGCGUCAUUCCUAUUUCCGGGACUUCGUUACGGGGACCUUAUUGAAUUUUCUAUAAAUCCAUUUGGGGCAAUAUUAUGUUUCUUCUUUUCAUUGUUAGUACUAGAUGUAUUAACCUGUUAACUGGUUCAUUAAUACU